GUUGUUCCAGACAUCCGUGAGUUAAUAGAAGUGGACGAUGUAAUGGAAGAUGAAUCCUUAAGGUUUGGUCCCAAUGGCGGCCUGGUGUUUUGCAUGGAAUACUUUGCCAACAACUUCAGCUGGCUAGAGGAAAGCCUUGGGCAUGUGGAAGAUGACUAUAUAUUGUUUGAUUGCCCAGGUCAGAUCGAGCUCUACACACAUUUGCCAGUGAUGAAACAGCUGGUGGAGCAGCUUCAGCAGUGGGAAUUCCGCGUCUGUGGAGUUUUCCUUGUGGAUUCUCAGUUUAUGGUGGAGUCUUUUAAGUUUAUCUCUGGAAUUCUGGCAGCACUCAGUGCAAUGAUAUCCUUAGAGAUUCCACAGAUUAACAUCAUGACCAAAAUGGAUUUGCUGAGCAAGAAGGCCAAGAAGGAAAUAGAAAAGUACUUAGAUCCAGAUAUGUAUUCUAUGAUUGAAGAUUCUACAAAUAUAUUGAAAAGCAAAAUGUUUAAAAAGUUGACUAAAUCUAUCUGUGGAUUGAUUGAUGACUAUGGGAUGGUUCGAUUUCUACCUUUUGAUCGCUCUGAUGAGGAAAGUAUAAACAUAGUUCUGCAGCACAUAGACUUUACCAUUCAGUACGGAGAAGAUCUUGAAUUUAAAGAACCAAAGGAAUGUGAAGAAAAUAAAUCUGCUCUUGUGGAUGAAUACUUUCAAGAUCAUGUGGAUGAGUAAAAAACAGACGUUCAAAAACGGGAGGAAAAUACCUUGUUUGUG